AUGGCUAGAUCUAAGCCAAUUUCUCCUCACGUUGGGAGACUCUCGCGAUCCCAGGUCGCCGCGAAGCGAGGUCUUCACAAGGGCAAGAAGACCGCUGCUGUCGCUGCCAAGACAGAGACUCCUGAAUUCACUGAGAAGACGGUUGGAGGCAAGGGCAACGGACAGAAGCGAUCGGUCCCAACCAGGAAAGCUUCAAAAUACUACCCUGCGGAGGAUGUCAAACAAGCCCGAGUUUCCCGAAAGGCUACCAGCAAGACUGCUCUCCGACCCAGUAUUACUCCUGGAACUGUUCUCAUUCUCCUUUCUGGUCGAUUCAGUGGAAAGCGAGUGGUCUGCUUGAAGCAACUGGACAGCGGUCUUUUGCUUGUUACUGGUCCAUUCAAGCUCAACGGUGUUCCUCUUAGAAGGGUCAACCAGGCUUAUGUCAUUGCGACAUCCACCAAAGUCGACAUUUCAUCCAUCUCUAUCCCCUCCUCCGUCAACGACUCUUACUUUGCCAAGGCCAAGGCAGCAAAGAACUCCAAAGAGGGCGAAUUCUUUGGCGAGGGAGAGAAGUCGAGUAAGACUCUGCCUGAGGACAAGAAGUCAGAGCAAAAGACUGUUGACGGUCCCGUUCUGGAAGCUAUCAAGAAGGUCGACAACCUGGGCCGAUACCUGAAGUCGUCGUGGGGCCUUUCGAAGAGUGACCGAUUCCACGAGCUCAAGUUCUGA